AUGAGUCGUCCUGUUUUGGUUUUCAUUAACCCGGCAAGUGGUGCAAACCUUGCUGGCCGCUUUAUGGAUAAGAUAAAGGAUAUUGAAGGCGUUCAUUUUGUUAGAUUGCCAGAUGAACAACAUACUUUCGCUGAAACUUACAAGGAUUUGCUUCAAAAUCACGAACUAAGAAUUGUCGCAGCCGGAGGUGAUGGCACCGUUAACUGGGUUGUCUCUUUAAUGUCUAAAAUCACUCCAUUAGAUUCUGAUGAUUGGAAACCGCCAAUUGCUGUCUGCCCAUUCGGCACAGGCAAUGAUAUGUCAAGAUCAUUAGGUUGGGGUGGUGGUAUGUCCGAACGCGGCCUCAAAAAAGCAGCAAAAUUCAUUGAAAAUGUCCGUACAAGCGACCACAUCGAAAAAGGUGAUAUCUGGAAGAUCAAGAUGACACGUACCGAUAUUAGUGAAGUUUCCGAGAAGCAAAUGCUUAACUACUUUUCAAUUGGUGUCGAUGCAGACAUGGCCCACAGAUUUGAGACAUGCAGACACUGCUGCAGGUGCUGCUUCUGCUGCCAUUGCAUGGCCUUAGCUUUAUACGUUCCUAUGGGCGUUGCAGCUCUCUGUGGAAAUCCAGAUCUCAGAAAAUUCACCGAAAUCAAAGUUACCGACACUGACGAGCAAGGAGUAGAAGCUACAAAGACAUUGGACUUCAAGUGUGGCCAAAAAACAUUUGUCAUGCAAAAUAUUUCUUCAAUUUACGGUGGAAAAGACCUUUGGAGGUUAAAGAUUCCAAGAAGUCACUCUGAUAAGAAGCUUGAAUGCUCUAUUGAAGGCGGCAGCUUCAAGCUCGGCCUCAUGCAGCUUGGAAUUCCAACUCAAACUCCACUUUGCCAAGCAACAAGCGUCAACAUUACAACGGAUGAGCCAUGCGUCUUCCAAAUUGAUGGCGAAGCUGAUAUCUUAAACGGACCUGGCGUUUUUGAAGUUAUCAGCACAGGUUCAUAUCCAUUCUUAUCAAAGAAAUAG